AUGGCGUGCUUUCGCUUAAACUGUUUCAUUAAAAACAGAGUUUUUAAAUUAUUGGGAUCUCUUCCGAAAGUAGCAAAAAACAAGAACAAGAACAAGCCGAACACAGGAUGGAUUCCAAGUGUAAUGGAGAAUGACAUGGAAAAUCGGAAAUCUGCUGAAUACAUACAUUCUGUAGAAGCUUGA